CCGAACUCAGUAGGGAGGUUUAUAACUCGGCAGAAGAACUCACUGCCUGCUUGUUAAAUCUAAGCAGUUAGAAAACAACUACAGAAUAUGGCGAUAUUGAUUGCAUGUAUCGUGGAAAUAUUGUCGCUACUGUUUGUGGUGCAAUGUAUUCAGCUGUCGCAUCGGCAAUCGCUCCCGCCGGCAACGUACGGUCAAUCUGCCGGGAAACUCGUGGAGAUUGCGUGGGGUGUCAAUCAGACGCACAUCGAAGUGCAGCUGGCUUAUCCGACGUUAGGCUGGCUGGCCAUGGGACUGUCGCCCAAUGGCGGAAUGGACCAGUCAGAUGUGCUGUUCGCCUACGUCGACGAUCGGACCCGGGAAGUUGUCGUACAGGAUCGCUGGAUAACUGCGAAUCUCGCACAAGGCCAGGUUAACCUGGCUUUGGACAAACAGCAAGACUGGAUUAUGGUCUCCGGAAUGAAGAAUGCCACACAUACCGUCAUUCGUGCCACCCGAAAAUUAAAAACCUGCGAUAGCCAGGAUAGAGCUUUCGGUAGCGCCGCGGUACCGGUGUUGUACAGCUACAACUUCAAAACCCCGGCGAGCAAAACCGGGCCCGUCAGUCAGCACAACGUCCGCGGGACGGUCAGCAUUAAUUUCAUCCCCAGUCAGGCUGACGACACCAAGAACAAGCCGGAUCCGCGGGAUAUCAAGAAACGAAUUGAAUUCCGCGUUGACAAUGUGCAAGUCGUUAAAGGCAAGAAGAACCAGUAUUACUGCACCAUCUCCCAGAUACCAGCUCUGGACAAGAAGUAUCACGCUUACGGUUAUGAGCCGCUGCUGAAUCAGAGGAAUCUCCCGCAUCUGCACCAUAUGGACGCUUAUUCCUGCGAUGACAGCUUCACCGAGGACCAAGUGGACGGAAGAACCUUCCCCUGUGGACCGGAGGACGGGACUAUCAUCAUGUCAGUGUGCAAUAACCUCCUGGGCGGCUGGCAGUCCGGCACCGGGGCAACUUAUUAUCCGUCCAACGCUGGCCUGCCGUUCACACCAGAUAUGGCCGGGAAGUGGGUGGUCGUCCAGAUGCAUUAUGAUAACAGUGACGACAGCGAAUUUAGUGAUGAUUCUGGUAUUCGGUUUCUGCUAUCCGACAAACUCCGUCAGUAUGAUGCCGGGUCACUAACCGUUGGUGCUAUGGAUAUUGACUUAUCGUUUGCAAUUCCGCCGGAGCAACCGGUGUUCAAAAUGCAGGCACAGUGCCCGAGCGAAUGCACUAAACGAUACUUUCCCAAGGAUGGAAUCAAAAUUUUUGGAAGCACGCUGCACAUGCACACUAGAGGUAGUGGAGCUGUGCUGCGGCAUUUCCGCGGCACUCGGGAAUUCCAACCGAUUGAUGUUAAUCCCUCCUUUGACUAUAAUCGUCAGGGAGGAAGAGAAGUAUCGCCACCGCGAGUUGUUUUGCCGGGCGAUCGUUUAGUAUUGCAGUGCAACUAUACAACGAUCAAAGACACCACUCCAAUAUUCGGCGGCGAAGGGUCCGAUGAGGAAAUGUGCAUGGUUUUCUUGGAUUAUUUCCCGAAGAGUGACCUCUACGACUGCGGUGCCUCGUUCCCAUUGAUCAACCUAUUGAGGAGCGGUCUGCAAAUGGAUCGCAACACUUUACAGCAAUUAGGCAAAGCGUUGCCGGCCGCCACGAUGCAGCGUUUACUCAACGGUCAGCUGAACGAUCGUGACCCGGAAGAGAUCAAAGCGCGUUUGAAGGGACCGUUGACCACGUACAUCGAGGAUCAGUACUGGACGCCAGCUAAGGUCAAAGUGUGGGAGGACUUUUAUUUCAACCGGGAAAGCUACGAUGGCCUAUGUAUUGGCGCGAACGGAAUGGAUACUGUUGAGGAUGAUCCGCCACUGAUUCGGCCGUAUGUUGUACCCGCCGUUAAAGCCGAAUGCUAAUGGAGACACUGCCAUGGCCAGGGACCUUACAGAAAAUUAUCCCAUUAUGUAACCUUAUUAUUAAUUACUGCCGUUGGAAUAAAUCACUGAAAGAAAA